AUGAGCCGCCCGCUGGUUGUGAUCCACUCGGCGGUCCUGUUGCUCUUCGGAAGCGACGUGUUCCUGGUGGGGGCAAAUCGGCCGCCGGCUCCCAUCAACGUGUCCGUCAUCCACCUGGGCUCCGACUCGGCCACCGUCUCCUGGGAGGUCCCCGAGGGGGACGUCAUCAUCGGCUUUUCGGUCUCGCAGCAGAGGCAGGACCGGCACACGCAGCGCUUCAUCCGGGAAGUCAACACCAGCAGCCGAGCUUGCGUCCUGUGGGACCUGCAGGAGGACACGGACUACGUGAUCCAGGUGCAGUCCAUCGGCCUCUACGGCGAAAGCCAAGCCAGCGAGAAGGUCCACUUCCGCACGCUCAAGAAGAGCGAGGAGCGCUUUCCCUCCAACAGUUCCAACCGAGAUGAGCCAACAGUGCAGGGCCUGGAGAGGUCACGACAUCUGCAGACAGGAGAGCUCAUCAUCAUCGUGGUGGUUUUGCUCAUGUGGGCAGCCGUCAUCGCCCUGUUCUGCCGCCAGUAUGACAUCAUCAAGGACAACGACUCCAGCAACAACAAGGAGAAGGUCAAGGCCACGUCGGAGAGGAGCACGCCGGAGCACCGCCUCGGCAAGUUUCACCCAUCCGUGCCGUCCAUCAACAUCAUCCAGGUGUGACGCCGCCGACGGAAAGAGAACACAAAUGCAACACACAACGGCUACGCAAUAAUCAAUAUAGUCGAGGUUUGAGCAUUUGACUUUUUGGCAUGAGUGAACUUUAUCAUACGACAACAUCGUAGAAAACACGUUCCGUUGCAAUAGCAAAAUCAUAUUUCAUGUUCCACAUACCGUGCUGGAUGGACUCUGCUGACCUGCAUGCAAGCCAUCUGCCGGUAGAGAUGCGUCUUGCUAAAUUGAACACCAGAUCCCAAAAAAAAAAAAAAAAAAGACAAA